AUGAAUCAUUCUUCCUUCGAUUGGAUAAUUCCCAUUGGAUUGUCAGCUAUUGCAUCAAAUGUUCCAGCUCCGCCCAAUUCUCGAAGUCAUGUUAGGAGAGGUAUUUCUUACUUGACUAAAAAGGUACGGAGUGACUUGACCCUUGGGAGAGGUAUUUCUUACUCGGAGAGGGAGGCCACUAUCAGCUACUCUGCAACUUCUCAUCCCACGGGUUGGCAUUUCUCUUUUCUUGCUCUUUCUUUUCUUUCUCUUUCGGUAGUGGACGGGCUAAAGGGAUUUGCUUACGCGCUAGCGCUUUCGUUCACUUUUCUCACAUUUCUAGUACCAACUAAUACUAAUGAAUUCGGGCGAGAGUCUUCAAGUAUAAGGAGAUGGUAA